AUGCGAGUACACUUGUACGCAAAUGCACACGCAUUAACACGACGUCUUAUUUUUCGUUUUAUCUCCUGUUACUUCUUCUUCUACAUUUUCCUCACUCUCUCUCUUUCUUCCACAAAGUGUCACACCUUUUUUUCUCCAUUCUUUCUCUCCUCAAAAGCUCAAUUUCAUUUCUAUUUCUUUCUUUCUUCAAACUCUCAUAUUUUCUUCUUCGCAUUUCUAUUAUUUCAUUCUCCUUCUUUGAAACUGUCUCCUACUUUCUUCUCUCUCUUUUUCCUUCAUCAUACUGUUUCUCUCUUUCAUCUCCCAAAAAGUACUCACACUUAUUCACUUUCCCUUUUGUCGUUCUCAUUUUUUCUGCCUUCAAAUAAUACUCUCUUAUUCGCUUUCCUUUCCUUUUCUUUCAUUAUCUUCCCUCGAAUACUUGCAAAUUCUUAUUUGCUUUCUUUUUUUCUAUUUUUCUCUCUUCGAAUUAUCGCUCUUCCUUUCCUUCUUCUUCUGUUUCACUUUCAUUCCCCACGACUAAAAAUUUUCAUUUCUUUUUUAUUUGCUAAUCACUGCUUCACGCGAGUAUUAAAUAGGCUAUCUCAGAAAAAAGAGCUUGCUAACCAUCGCUUUACGCAAAAUCGUUUAAAAUUAUCUGCUUCUUUCUUUUUUCUUUCUCCCCCACUCAUCUUUUGCAAAGAAUCACUUUUAAAUGUUCUGCUUCUUUCUUUCUUUCUUCUCCUCUCAUCAUUUCCAAAGAAUCAUUUUAAACUUCUUACUUUAUUCUUUCUUUCUUUGUCUUCUGCUACUUCUCCCCUUUUUCAGAUUCACCACGUUUUCUUUCUUUCUUUCUUUUUUUUCUUCUUUCUUGUUUCGGUUGACAUUUUAAGAAAAUGUUUUUCUUCUAUUGUCUCCCCAACUUUUUCUUUUUAA